GCCAGUAGUAGUAACUACCCAAUUAGCCCACACCUCCCAAUUCCCAUAUCAUCUCUCAUCAAAAUCUCAAUCCUUUCGUAAUUCCCCAAAAGAGAUGGGGAAAAAAAUAAAUAAAUAAAAGAAAGAAUCCAAUUGAUCAUUUUUUUUUCCCUCCGCAAGAUUCUAACACCUUUAGAUUGGUCACUUUAAGGAAGAAUCAUAGAAUUAUACUUCGCAUUUAUUAGUAGAACUUUUAAACCACUAACAACAAUAGUAUUCAACUAGGUUCCAUUCUCAUUUACCCAAAACAAUAACAAAAAAUCAAAAUGGGCAACGCUGAUGAUUAUAUGUAUCCAUCAUCCAUGAAUAGUAACGGCGGCGAAAGCGGCAGUCACCGGGUCGCCAUCCCGCCACCACAGCCGUUUCUUAUCUCACUUAAGAACACCGUCAAGGAGACAUUGUUCCCGGACGACCCGUUACGCCAGUUCAAGGACCAGCCGCCUCGCCGGAAACUCAUCCUCGGCCUCCAGUACUUCUUCCCGAUCCUCGAAUGGGGCCCGCGUUACAGCUUCGACUUCUUCAAGUCCGACCUCAUCUCCGGCAUCACCAUCGCCAGCCUCGCCAUUCCUCAGGGUAUCAGCUACGCAAAGCUCGCCAACUUGCCACCGAUUCUCGGCCUCUAUUCAAGUUUUGUUCCGCCGUUGAUUUAUGCACUGAUGGGAAGUUCAAGAGAUUUAGCAGUUGGAACGGUGGCUGUUGCAUCGCUUCUUACAGCUUCCAUGUUGGGAAAUGAAGUCAACGCUGCUGAGAAUCCGACACUCUAUCUUCACUUGGCUUUUACGGCAACUUUCUUUGCCGGAGUGUUUCAGGCAGCUUUGGGCAUUGUCAGGUUAGGAUUCAUAGUGGAUUUUCUGUCGCACGCAACAAUAGUAGGAUUCAUGGCGGGUGCAGCCACGGUGGUGUGCCUCCAACAGCUAAAAGGCAUGCUUGGGCUGGACCAUUUUACCCAUGAAACCGACGUUGUCUCCGUCAUGCGUUCUGUCUUCAGUCAAACUCAUCAGUGGAGAUGGGAAAGUGCCGUGCUGGGAUGCUGUUUCCUUUUCUACCUGCUGCUGGCUAGAUUCUUCAGCAAAAAGAAACCAAAAUUGUUCUGGAUAUCGGCAAUGGCUCCAUUGACAUCUGUGAUUUUGGGAAGUCUGCUUGUUUACCUCACACAUGCAGAAAAACAUGGCGUUCAAGUGAUAGGCCACUUGAAGAAAGGGUUAAAUCCACCCUCAAUAAUGGAUCUUGAAUUCGGGUCACCUCAUUUGACCCUCGCAAUCAAAACUGGCAUUGUCACUGGUGUUAUCGCUCUCGCGGAAGGAAUUGCGGUGGGAAGAAGUUUUGCCAUGUUCAAGAAUUACCAUAUCGAUGGGAACAAAGAGAUGAUUGCGAUUGGAACCAUGAACAUAAUUGGCUCUUUCACUUAUUGCUAUCUCACCACCGGACCAUUUUCAAGAUCGGCAGUCAACUUCAACGCAGGCUGUAAAACGGCAGUAUCAAACAUCGUUAUGGCAAUCGCUGUGAUGCUGACGCUAUUGUUCUUGACGCCGUUAUUCCACUACACUCCCAUCGUGGUGUUGGCGGCGAUUAUAAUCGCGGCCAUGCUCGGCCUCAUAGACUACGAAGCAGCGAUCCAUCUAUGGCAGAUUGACAAAUUCGACUUCUUCGUCUGCAUUAGUGCUUACGUUGGUGUGGUAUUCGGAAGCGUCGAAAUUGGCUUGGUCAUUGCAGUAACGCUAUCGGUUCUAAGAGUUUUGUUGUUCAUUGCAAGACCAAGGACGUUAGUUUUGGGUAACAUUCCAGACACCAAACUCUAUCGAAGUGUUGACCAUUAUCCUAAUGCCAGAAACGUUCCUGGAGUACUCAUACUUGAAAUUGAUGCACCUAUAUACUUUGCCAAUUCCAGCUACCUGAGAGAAAGGUAACAAAAUAUUCAACCACAUAUUUCUAUCAUAUCACGGAUAAUAAAUGGACUAAUUGCGAACUCAUUGAGAUGGCGAAAAACGAUCAAUUAAACUAAUUUGGUGACUGUAUGGUUUUUCUUUUUUUUUUUUUUUUGGGCUCAUAGAAUUGCGAGAUGGAUCGACGAAGAAGAAGACAGGUUGAAAUCUUGUGGAGAAAGCAACCUGCAGUAUGUAAUACUAAAUAUGAGUGGUGAGUGUAUAUAUCUUUGAGUUACAACACUAUAAAAAUGUGUAAAUGUUCCACGGACUAAUUGAUGAUGAUGAUAAUGAUUGAUGUGUGUAUAAAUUGUUUUCAUUGCCAGCUGUGGGUAACAUUGAUACCAGUGGGAUUGAAAUGCUUCAAGAGGUUAAAAAGAAACUUGAUCGAACCGGGCUCAAGGUGAGUUAACUCUUACCCAAAUCAGGCAUUAAUUUGUCACAAUGUUUGGUGGAUUCUAUGUCAAUUUUUUACCUUUUUUUUUUGGGGUUAACUGGUGUGAAAUUAAUUGAAUGCCACAUUCAGCUUGUAUUGGCGAAUCCGGGGGCUGAAGUAAUGAAGAAAAUCAACAAGGCGAAAUUUGUCGAGGAAAUUGGUCCCGAGUGGAUAUUUUUGACAGUGGGAGAUGCGGUGGAAGCUUGUUCUUUUAUGCUUCAUACUUAUAAGCCAAAACCUGAGACGGAUGGAUCAGGGAAAUGGAGCAAUAGUGUAUAAAGGUGGAUGGAUGGAAUUAGGUGAUAAGUAGUGAAGGAUUUUCGAGGACAGAGGUCCUUGUUUCAGUUAAUUAACUUGACAUCUCGACAAUUGCUAUAAAUAAAUAAAAAUUUCAAAUUUCGAAGCUUACAAAUUGUUGUCAAGUUAAAAAUAUGUAUAAAGCACAUUCUUAGUUAAGUAACCGUAAUAAAUUAUCAGUUUUUAACUUAUAAAAUGAACUAACUUGGAAGAUUGCAAAUGGCACCUUGAUAGUUGAUAUACAACAAUUUAGACGCGAUUUUGAACUAGGGUUGUUACUUAUCUCAUGUGUAUAUUUAGUGGUACAACCCUGAUUAAUACUCCUUCCGUC